UCCCUACACUUAUUUUAUAUCUCGUUCUCCUCCUCUCUUUUUUCUUCUUCUUAUUCUUCUUCUUCUUCUUCUUCUUCUUCCCACCUAGUGCCCGUUCAUACAUACAGAGAUGAAAAUUUUGAAAUUCGAUCCAUCCUUGUUCAAGCUUCUCUUCCAAAGUCGGAAGCAAAUGGCGUAUGGGCUUCCGCGGAUCCCACUAGCGUCAUUGCUAGUUUUGGCUCCGGUUCUCGUGGCAGCAGCCGCUCAAUUUGAGGAAGGAGGAAUCGCAGGAGCUGCUGCAGAGCUGGAACAAGAAUUCAUCAAUUUUCAGGGGGAGAUGCUGCCAAAUGAGCAUGUUGUGGACAACCCUUUUGUUGUCUUGGUGUAUCCUUGCCUGACGGUGUCGCUGUCGUGGCAGAGGCGGUCGAAGAAGAGGAACCGCCGGAGGCCGUACUUCCAGCCGAACCUCGACAGGCAAAGGAAGGAGAGACUGGCGACGCCGGUGAGGAAAUAACGCCGCCGCCGUGUAGCGCCAGGCCGUCCACGUUCAGCAACGCCGCCGUCGCGAUCCACAGGCGAAGCGCUUGCUGUUCCUGCCAGCGACGUGGAGUGGUCAGAAGGUGCAUAUUGGGCGGCGCGGCACUGGGGGAGUAUUGGAGGAGAAGGAGCGAUUCACGCGAGGAAGGAGAUCUGCUAAAUAUUAAUUUUUUUAUUUGUUAGAUAUUGUGUUAAUUGGACCCUUUUACCCUUGUUGUUAUAGCCUUGUUGUUACUAUAACAACAAAGGAGGUGUUGUUAUAGUAUCCGCUCCAAUUUAUUAAUGAGUGUUAGAACUUAGAACCAUCUCAUUGUAAACUAAUGUGAUGAUUUAACAUUGUAGCUAAUGAGCCAACACGACGAUUGAUUUAUAAGCAAAUUGGUCUAUAUCUUAUAAGUUGACUUUGUGAUAAUUUCUUUUAUGAAUGAACUUCUUGAUAAUUCAUAAAUUUGUUAAACGAUAUAUCUCGCCUUAUAUUAUGUUUAAGAUCCCAUGGCUUUUGUUAGAGGAAAGAUUGUAAACACUGUAUCUCAACCUCUUCGUUCUUCCAUCAAUAGUUUCCUUCACCCAGUUAGAACUCAUCAGUCAUCACUCUUCUCCUUCCUCUCUUUGCUUUGUUCUGGUGGCCAAGAUGUCAAUGAUUCGUACUUUACUAGUUGUUGCUUCUUUUUGUGGGUGGCCUUUGUCUCAUUUGGACAUGAAGAACGCAUUAUUGCAUGGGAUUUAAAGAAGGUGGUCUGCCUGGAGCGAUCUCCUGGCUAUACUCUUGGUACUCCUAAUCAGGUGUGUCUCCUUCAUCGUUCCUUGUACGGGCUCAAGCAAGUGCGUCGUGCCUAGUUUGACAAAUUUCACUCCACUAUUCUACAAAUGGGCUAGUUGUUCUACUUCUUUACGUGGAUGAUAUGGUCGUUACGGGGGAUGAUGCAACUAGUAUUCGGCACUGAAGCGUGGUCUCGAGUCUGCCUUCAGCCUGAAUGAUUUUGAUGAGUUGUCCUACUUCCUUGGUUUGAGGUUAAUCGCAAUUAUGAGGGUCUUCUUCUUAGUCAACAAAAAUAUAUUGGUGAUUUGUUGAGUGAUCACAACUUUGAGGAGUAUACCCAUGGAGGUGAAUUUGAAGCUUAGUAGGGCAUCGGGUGAUCUGUUAACCGAUGAUUCUACUAUCUAAGCUUGGUUGGUAGUUUGAUUUAUCUUUUGACGACUCGUCUGAACAUUUCUUAUGCGGUUUAGAUCCUCAGUCAGUUUAUGGCGGUGCCUCUAGUGGACCAUCUUGCUGCCCCUCACCAGAUAUUAUGGUACUUAUAGGGUAAGCGUGAUGUCGAAAUUUUUUUCCUUCGACUGGCUCACACGCUCUUCGUGCAUUUUUCGACUAUGAUUUUUCAAGUUGUGUUGACAAGCCCCGCUCCACUAUUGGUUGGUUGUCCAGUUUGGUGGCUCUUUCAUCUCUUGGCGAUGUAAGAAACAGGAUAAUGUAUCGAAAUCCUCUACUGAGGCGGAGUAUUAGCGAUGUCGGAUGUUUGCUCUGAGUUAGUUUGGCUUCGUCGCCUGUUGGGUGAGAUGGGUGUUUCAUGUUCCCUUCCUUUGGAGCUAUUUGUGGACAAUACGUGCGUGAUCCAGAUUGCCACCACCCUAGUGCUUCACGACCGUACGAAGCAUUUUGAGCUACAUGUGCAUUAUGUUCGAGACUUGGUGUGUGAUGGGACUAUUCAGUUACACUAUCUCUGGAGUGAGGAUCAGCUGGCAGAUCUCUUCACCAAGUCCUUCACUAAAGCUCAUCAUUGGUACUUGUCUAGCAAAUUGAUGCUUCAUUACUUGUAUCAAUUUAGGAGAGGCUGUUGAGCCAUGUGUGUCAAUUUGUAUGUAGUAGUAUGUGUUUGUAGUGGACUGUAGCUAACGUCUGGGUUAAGCUCAUUUCUUAGUGGGCUGGUUUCAGCCCAUGCAUUAGGCAAAGCGGAACCGUGCUAGGGUUUGGGGUUUAUGAGUUAUAUGUGUGGGUGUGUGUAAUUGGCUAGAGACUAAGCAGACCUAGUGGAUUUUCAGUCUUGGAGAGUUCUAGCUCUCUAGUGGAUUAGUCCUAUCAUUUUAGGGAUACCAUGUUCAAACGUUUUGCGUUCUUUAAAUUUUUUUAAGUUAACAGAAGACGUUAAGGUCCAGCUGUUGGAAGUUAGAAACGACUAUUGGAGCUCCACCCCCUAAUUCUCGUAUCCAGGUAGAUGAGGGAAAGCCAUAAUGGUGUGAAAUUUAGUCCACCAAAAAUCCUAAAUGGCGCCUCGGGCGCCUUUUCUUAAAGGUUCCAUAUCAGCUCAGGAUAGUGUGAAUAUGCUCUACUUGGAGGCUAAUGUGGAUAUGAGCUAGAGGGAUUAGGCCAUAAGAGUUUCACUCCUAUUAUCUCUCUCAUAACGCCUUAUAAAAUAGGCAAUACAUGGACCCUCUCGGCUAGCAUUCGAGAUAGAAGUCAUGCAAAGGGUUAUUUUGUUGGUAAAACAACUUACCAGUCCAUAAACAAUGAGAAAACUCGAGGGUAGAACGGCCACAUAUAUGGUGACAUAGGCGCCAUUUUCCUAUUAUGGUUGUCAUUUUUCGUAUUUUGUUUGAGUCCUUAUUAUGUUUAUUGUAGUUUGAUGUCUACAAUUGGACAAAUGUGAGAGGAAUGAAGCUCUUAUGUACUUUUGCAUCAAAUGCAAUACACGUUUUGAAAGCAACCUUUAUACAUAAUAGACAUAUGCAAAUCGUAUUGUUGGCUGACCCACGUGUCUCUCUAGCACGGAACCCACGAAUAGGUCGUCAUAGGGAGGCUAGCAGGACAUAGAAGCAUAGUGGAUUUAAGAUCCAUUUUGGACUCAUUCAAUCACAUAUGUUACCAAUUAUCAAAUUGAAGCGAGUCUGCGGAGACUCCAGGGGAAACUUGCCUAUAUAAUGCAUUUCUUUUAUGUUUUCCCUUGUCUAGUAGUUUAAUUUAGCGUUACUUUUCCUUUUGAUUUUCAACAUAAACUCAGAGUAACCUUAACCCCUGAUGCACCUUACUCUCUACAAUUCGUUUUAAAACCCAAAGUAGGUCCCUUAUUGACUAAGUACAGAGUUGUGAAAGGCCUGAAGAAAAUACGAUCAUGAUU